GACAGACUGAGCACGCUCAGUUGCUGCUUCACCUGCAUCGCCUCACACAGCUAAUAGACACACAGAGAAACGACUCGGAGUUGGUACUUAAAGCUGAGAGGAAAGACAGAGAGAGGACAGACAGAGAGAGGACAGACAGAGAGAGGACAGACAGAGAGAGGACAGACAGAGAGAAGACAAACAGAGAAAAAGAGAAGACUCAGAUCUGCUUCACCUUCAUCUCCUCUCCAACAGAACCUUUCUGAUCACAUCAGAUCACAGUUUGAUUUAAAGUCAGCUUCUUCAUCACUCUGAAGAGGAGAUCUCAACACUUCAGGAGGACCAGGAGGACCAGGAGACCUGGAGAUGGCUUCAACACCAACAACAAGACGGAGUAAACAACUGCCUCCUCCUCCUGAUCUGUCUGAAUUAAUGAACAAACCCAAAGAACAUGCAGCUUCAUUCAUCAGAGAGUUUGACAGCAGAGAACCAAAGAUAAGACCGAUUAUUAGAGAGUUUAGGGAGAUCGCUGCUAAAGUCAGAAAGACGCAGGAGAGAACAGAUGAAGUCAGAAGAGUAGGAGCUGGUGCACUAGGAGUCGCACCCCUCGGCAUGCCGUUUGGCUUACUUGCAGGAGCAGCAGCAGUAGCAAGAGCAGAAGCAACAGCACUAGCACUAGCAGCAGCAGCAGUAGCAGCAGCAGCAGUAGCAGGAGGGGCAAGAGCAUUAUCACCAAGGGCAGCAGCAGGAGCCAUAGUAGCAGCAGCAGGGGCAGCAGCUGCAGCAGGAGGGGCAGGAGUAGUAGCAGCAGCACUAGUAAUAGCUGCAGGAUUAGCAAUUUGUGUUGCUGGUGCAAAUGUAACAAAAGGGAUGUCAGAGAGUGGAAGUGUUAAGAAAGUAGAAGAACUGGCGAAAGAGUUCAUGAAGAUUGUUGAACCGCUGAAGAACGACCUGGAAGAAAUAAAGAGGACGUGUGAGAAGUUGGAGCAAAGAUCAGCUGAAGUUCAGGCUGAAAUCACUCUGAGAGAAAUGGAGGAGUUACAGAGGAGUCUGUCUAUCCCUGGAAGAAGUGACGGAGUAUUGUCUACUAUGGAGAAAGUCUUCACACUUACUGCGACCCCUGAAGAGGACAGAAAGUUAAGAGACUCCAUCAUCCAGUCAGCUGAUCUCUGUCAGAAAGUCAUCGAUGACUUGGAGAAGAUGAAGGAAGAUCUCAAAGAACAGUGAACAUUAAGGCUGUGUGUUGGCAAGAAUCUGGUGAUACCAUACGAAUCACGAUACGAUGGGUCACGAUUCAAUAUAUUGUAAUAUAUUUCAAUACUGUGCAUAAGACGAUAUAUUUGGAUUUUUUUUAAAGUAUCAUUUUAGAAAAACUAAUAUUUAAAAAAAGACAUGAUGUGCAUAAAAGUCAAAGAAGUUUACUUUAUGUAAACAAUUCAGUACACAGAAAAUCAAACUGCCAGUUUGGGAUUGAGGUUCACAGCAAAUGUUUAUAUGCUUGCGUAGGCCAUAAUAUAUAAAUAUAUAAAAUACAUCACCCCUGUCACAAUACAGAACACAUUAUGUGCAGGCUGAAAAAAGAAAAGACAUCUGUCCAUGUCAAUAAAAAUAAUAAAAAAAAUGCUUGCACUAUUCCUACACAGGGUACAUCCAACACAUAACACGUUUUGUGUUGCAAAAACACAAGAAAAAAACAAAAAAAAAUCAAUAUUGCGUUUUUGAAAAUAUCGCGAUACUAAAGUGUAUCGAUUAUUUCUUACACCCCUAGUGAACAUACAUUCUGCAGCUUGAAGAAAGGAUUGUUUAAUUAUGUUAUAAUUAUAAGUGUGUGUGUGUGUGUCUGUGUCUGUGUGUUUGUGUCUGUGUUUGUGUGUGUCUGUGUGUGUGUGUGUGUGUGUGUAUAGACUGUAUAUCUUAUUUAGCCUACAUGAGGUAAACGUUCUGCCUGUGGCAACUUAGCAUUUAAACAUCAUGUUACACGUUGUUGAACUUGUUGUGUUGAUUAAAUAAAGUUUUUAACUGGGUGUGGGGCCGUCCACACUGUUUUAUC